GCUCCAUCUGCUGCCCCCCGACGACUUGUGUCGCUCGUGCGCCCCCGCCCGCCCCUCCUCACCGCUCUACUUUGCUCCCUCGUGGGAUAGCAGUCAUGUCGCCUACCUCAGAGCUCGAUGUACUACACCAAGCACCGGUCGUCCGCUCGAUGUCGCGCACCAGCAGCGCGUCGCUUCACAAGGAAAAGGUCGCCGACCCCGAAAUGCAGGUAUCCAAAGACGCUGCCAGCGACGUCUCCUCACCUGCCCAGAACUCUGAAGAGGAGCCCUCGGCCUUUACCCGUCUCUGCACCCGCUUCCGCGUGCCCAUCCUGAUUGCCCUCGCCCUCGUCAUUCUUGGCUGGUGGAUCAGCUCAACUGUCCUUCAAGCGACCCGGCAUCGAUGGAUCGUGCAGACCUUCUGGGCCUGGUUCUUCAUCAUCGCCAUCGCCUUCCGCUUCAUACCUAACCGCUUCGUCACCCGCCCAAUCGAGGUAGUAUGGAUCCCCUGCAUACAAAAGCCAUUCUUCCGUCUCCCGUACCGCACCCGACUCGCGAUGGGCUGGCUUGCAUUGUUGGGCAUAGUAUUUGGCAGCGCGUUUGGCUUCCCGCUCACAGCUAACUCUAGCUUCGGCGAUCGUGCCAUCUCGGUCCUCGGCCUGUUCGUCUUCCAAUGCUGUUUCUGGCUCACAAGCGCGAGCAGGAAAGAGAUUCCUUGGCCCACGGUCAUUGUAGGCCUCUUCCUCCAACAAGCAAUCGCCAUGUUUGUCUUGAAGUCCGGCGCCGGCUUCUCCAUCUUCAAGUGGAUCGCGUACCUCGCCAAGGAUUUUCUCGCCCAGGCCCUCCAAGGCGCCGCCUUCUUCUUCAGCCAGGACAUAGUCAACAUGGACUGGUUCUUUGUCAAUACGCUCGCGUCGAUCAUCUUCUUCAUCGCCUUCGUGCAGAUGAUGUACUACCUCGGCGUCAUGCAGUGGCUCAUCAAAGGUUUCGCCUGGUUCUUCUUCAAGAUCAUGAACAUCUCGGGUGCCGAGGCCGUCGUUACCGCCGCGUCGCCGUUCAUCGGCCAGGGCGAGUCGGCUUGUCUCGUGAAGCCCUACGUCGACUUCAUGACCGCGUCGGAGCUCCACCUGACGAUGACCUCCGGCUUCUCAACGAUCGCCGGCUCGGUGCUGUCCGCGUACAUCGGCCUUGGCGUCCCGCCCCAGAAUUUGGUGACGGCGUCGAUGAUGAGUAUCCCGGCGAGUAUCGCGAUCAGCAAGAUGCGCAUGCCGGAGCAGGAGGAGCCCGUCACGCGCGGCCGUGUCGUCGUCGACCGUGGAGACCAGGACAAGAACAGGCCGGCCAAUGCGCUGCACGCGUUUAGCCAAGGCGCCCUCUUCGGCCUCGUCGUCGCCGGCCAGAUCCUAGCGAACGUGCUGACCGUCGUCUCGCUCGUCGCGGCGAUCAACGGCCUGCUGACGUGGAUCGGGCAGGGCUUCGGCAUCCACGCGCUCACGCUGCAGCUCGUGCUCCGCUACGUCUUCUACCCCGUCACGUUCUUCCUGUCCGUCCCGCGCGACGAGAUCCUGACGGUCUCGGAGCUGCUCGCGACGAAGCUCGUCGCGAACGAGUUCGUCGGCUACACCCAGCUCCAGGGCAUCAUGAGCGGUGCCGGCCCGUACCCCAUCCUGUCCGAGCGCGGCUACACGAUCGCGUCGUACGCGCUCUGCGGCUUCGCGAACUUCAGCUCGCUCGGCAUCCAGAUCGGCGUGCUCAGUGCGCUCGCGCCGAGCCGCGCGAAGAUCAUCGCGCGCAUUGCGGUGAGCGCGAUGAUCUGCGGGUUCAUCUCGACGUUGCAGGCUGCUGGUAUUGCGGGCAUGCUUGUGUAGGCCCCCUACCGGCUGCAUGACGACCGGUGUAUGUAUCUUUGCGGCGUGUACUGUGACCCCUUGUAAUAUACGUACUGACUUAUGGAGUGUUGUAUCCCAUCAUUGUAGGAGAAGUGCG